GGAACCUUGGACGAUGCGCUCGCUAAUACGAAUAUGUCAAAAAAAUUGUCGCUCUCUUUUCAGGAAUUGCAAUGGUCAUUCGGCAUAAAUCCGGAAGUACCGGUGAUAAAUUUAACUACCAAAGAUCGAACGUUACUAGCGUACGCCUGUUCGCAUGUAGUUGUGAUUUAUAACUACAUUUCGAGAGAAAUGUUGUCGCUUGUAGGCCAUCAUAAUGCCGUAGAAACAUUAUCCACUUCACGAGAUAGCAAAUGGUUGCUAUCAGCGAAUUUCGGGAAAGAUUCCAUGGUGAUAGUUUGGGACACGGAAAAAGGGGUGCCCGUGUGCACUUUAUUCAAUCCGCAUGCGAGCGAAGACAUGACAAUCGCUCGUAUCAGUCCCGAUGCUAAGCAAAUAGUCACUGUCGGCAAUGAAAAGUGUCAGAAUGUGCAUGUCUGGUUGUGGACUCAUGGAAGGGACAAACCAGACGGAUCAAUUUCGUUGAUCGACAUUAAGUCCGAACGUGUCAAGGAAAUAACUUUCAACGAUGAAUGUCCGGAACAAUUUGUAUUAACUACCGAUUAUCACGUUCUGUUCCUAAUUUGGGUUAGAUGCAUUUUGGUUUGGAAUGACGUUUUUUGCAAAGAAAAGGAUGCGACCAAUGAUGAUAAAUAUAAAAAGAAAAAACAUAUAAAAACGAUUAAUUUACAGAACAGUAGUAUUACUGUUAUCGUCCAUAACGAAAAUAUGCUUGUCACUGGAAAUUCAAAUGGUCGUAUUACUUUUUAUAAUUAUCAAUUGCAACUUUUGUACUGGUGCCAGAAUUGCUAUAUUGAUUCCAUUCGAUGGCUCAGUUUCGAUCUUCAAUCAAAUUUGCUACCUCCGAUAUUUAGCGAAGUAAAAUCAAGCUAUCAGCCGAUGGAUGCUACUUUACAGGGCUCCCCGUUUAACGUCCGAAAUUUUCUCGCAUGUUCUUCUAUGGGAGUAAUAGCAUUAGUAGAAAUUCCGAAGCAAAAAUGGCACUUUAUAUUACGUCAUCCAGUAACAGCUAUAACCAGCAUGGAUGCUCAUCCAGAAAGCAAUUACAUAGCCGUGGGCGAUAUGCAAGGCAUCGUGCGCCUGUACAAUCACGAGGAGCGCUCUUUGAUGAUAUUCAGGAGCACGCCACCCUUACCAGAUUUUCGACCAAUUCUCGAAAAACAGACAAUCGACGGGAACAUAAUUUACGUCACUUGUCCGCAAAGCAACGAGUCUUCGAAAGCUGUCACAGCUUUAAAGUUUUCGCCAAAAUGCGAUAUGCUGGCAUGUGGUUUGGAGAACGGAGCAAUUUGGAUUCUACAUCAUAUUACGCUAGACCCCUUAGAGGAGAUUCCGUACAAGCACUCUUCCGUAGCUGUCAAUAAAAUCGCUUUCGCCCAUUGCGCCGAUUAUAUGGCUUACACAGAUGAUGCGUCGACAGUAGUAGUAUUAAAAAAAAAUGAUAUCGCCACUUCGAAAGAGCUUCAUCUGUGGAACCUGAUUGGAAAAUAUCACUCGCAUUAUCUACCCAUCACAGAUAUACUUUUCGGCCAGUCUACAACCGAUUCUGCUGGUUCAUCCCGAUUUUUUUCAUUGGGAAAGGAUCGAGAGCUCAUCGAAUAUGAUCUUGAACACAGCGGACCGUAUCCAAUACCGGGACUUCAAAUCUUGCGCAUUGAUAGAAUCGAACAGAGUGCUAUUCCUCUUUGUCUAGCGUGGUAUCCUAAAUUCGAUGUUGGAAAAUUCCUUAUAAUUUCAAAUUCCGAAUACAAAUAUAAGAUCUUCAACGAUGUUACCAAGACUAUUUGUGGUACUUAUUUAGGACCGAUUUUUGGAGAACCAGUACAACAAUUCCAAAUCUUAACGAAGAAACUUGUCAACCAUAAUAAUUAUAUGGUAUUCGCCACCGAUAAGGAAAUUGGUCUUCAGUUACUACCUUUGGACGGCAAUCCUUAUAAGAUUCUCAGCAUGAUGGGACACCCACGAAAAAUAACAAAUAUCGCUGUCAACAACAACAAGGAAAUACUUUUUACCACAGGUUACAAUGAUCCAUGUAUAUUGAUGUGGAAAAUUAAACUCAGAUCCGUUGAUUUAAUGGCGCAAUCAGGCGGAGAAGGACUCUUACCGUUUCGUUGUCUCGUCGAAGGCGAGAGAAAAUCGCUGAUAAACGAAAUGAAAGAUCUAUUCUAUUAUGCGCAAAUAUUGCAUCAAGGUGAAAAUACGACUGCUGCCAGAAUCAUUUCCGAUACUGUGGUCAUCGAGCAAAUUCCAAACCUUAUGCGAGCUGUUGGAUAUUUUCCGACAAAUAAAGAAAUAGAGAAUAUCAUGACGGAAGUGCGCUAUAAAUGUAUCGAGAAAAUCACUUUCGAAGAAUUCGUGCGACUCUACGUGAAUCAUCGACCGGCGUUCGGAUUUACCAUACGUCAAAUAAAGGAAGCUUUUGGUACUUUAAUCGAUGAGAGUUUUACCAACAUGGAAAAUCCUACUCUGACAAGAGAACAGUUUAUAGACGUUUUACUCGGUAGAGCAACAUCGAAGACUUCGAUGGAAGACAGUGAAAAUAUCGGUGAACCGUUGACUUUGGAAGAGGCACACACAUAUCUUAAGUUGCUCGUGCCUUUUGACGAGAAAACGACGAAGAUUCGUCAGCCAUCGAGCCCAUUGCAAAGAGACGUGUUCUCCAAUUUCCGUUUUCUCCCGCCAAGAAUAUCUUACAAAGAUUUUGCUACGAACAUUAUGGGUAUUGAAACACCGGAGGAAACUAAAGUUGGCAAUCAAGGAAACCAACACGACAAUUAUCUGUAG